CAAAAAUGAAUUUUCUAUCCGGAGUAAGUUUUUCAUCUUCCAUAGCUUAGUGUUUCAAUGAGGAAUAUAAAGUGUGUAGAAACAAAAAACUUUGCUAGCUAACAACUCAUGGUGUCAGGACACAUGCCCAUGGCAGUUUUCCAAAAAAAUCAUCCAAACUGCAUUCAAUCCAAAGGAUGACUUGAAAAUUUUAUAAAUACAAAGAGGCAGACUAUUUCUUGAUCUCUGUAUUUCAUGUUCAUCGACAAAACAUUUUUUCUUAUGUGGUGUUGUGAUGGUAUAUUGGCCUUUUUUCUGGACUUGGAAAACUUUGCUUCUUUUUGAGUGAUGCCCCAACAGUAGCAUUUACUCAGAAUUUUAUAGCUACCACAGCUUUCUCUACUUUGCCUUUGUUUUGAACCUUUAGAAUGGCUGUUCACACUCUGACAGGGUUCUCUCUGGUUAGCCUGCUAAGUUUUGGCUAUAUGUCCUGGGACUGGAUGAAACCUGCAGUACUUGGAGACAGCCCAGGUCUCCAGGAUGCUCCUGCCAAGUUCCAAGCCUCCCCACCUUCACGACCUCCACAUAUCAUCUUCUUCCUCACAGACGACCAAGGGUUCCACGACAUAGGUUAUCAUGGUUCAGAUAUUCAAACUCCAACUUUAGACAGAUUGGCUGCAGAAGGGGUCAAACUAGAGAACUAUUACAUCCAACCGAUUUGUACCCCUUCACGCAGUCAGCUUAUUACCGGAAGGUACCAGAUUCACACUGGGCUUCAGCAUUCCAUCAUACGCCCACGACAGCCCAACUGCUUGCCACUACAUCAAGUCACGUUGCCACAAAAACUGCAAGAGGCUGGCUAUGCCACCCACAUGGUGGGAAAGUGGCAUUUGGGCUUCUAUAAGAAAGAGUGCCUGCCCACCCGACGUGGCUUUGAUACAUUCCUUGGCUCUCUUACCGGAAAUGUGGAUUAUUACACCUAUGACAACUGUGAUGGUCCUGGUGUUUGUGGCUUUGACCUACACGAGGGUGAAAAUGUGGCCUGGGGUAAGGCUGGGAAAUACUCCACGAUUUUGUAUGCACAACGUGUAAGUCAGAUAUUGGCUUCUCAUAGCCCUCAGCAGCCUAUUUUUAUAUAUGUGGCAUUCCAGGCCGUGCACACCCCUUUGCAGUCCCCUCGUGAGUAUAUAUACCCAUAUAGGAACAUGGGGAAUGUAGCAAGGCGUAAGUAUGCUGCCAUGGUAACCUGUAUGGAUGCGGCUGUGAAAAACAUAACGCGGGCAUUAAAAAAGUAUGGUUAUUAUGACAACAGCGUCAUUGUCUUUUCAUCAGACAAUGGAGGACAGACAUUCUCUGGUGGUAGCAACUGGCCCCUGAGGGGUCGUAAAGGAACAUACUGGGAAGGUGGUAUUAGAGGGUUAGGAUUUGUUCAUAGUCCAUUGAUUAAAAAGAAGAGGAGGACCAGUCGAUCAUUAAUCCACAUUACAGACUGGUAUCCUACGCUUGUGAAGUUAGCAGGAGGAAACAUUUCAGAGACGGAGGGACUGGAUGGCUAUGAUGUAUGGGAAGCUAUCAGCGAAGGCAAAGAGUCACCUCGGACUGAGAUCUUGCAUAAUAUUGACCCUUUGUAUAACCUUGCAAGAUCUGGGUCUUUGGAGGAAGGACAAGGCAUGUGGAAUACAGCAGUCCAGGCCUCCAUCAGGGUCAAAGACUUUAAGUUGUUGACUGGAGACCCAGGUUACAGUGACUGGAUACCCCCACAAACCCUAACAAACUUUCCUGGUAGUUGGUGGAAUUUGGAACGCCAUACAGAUGGAGCUCGUAAGUCUCUGUGGCUUUUCAACAUUACAGCAGACCCAUAUGAAAGGCACGACUUGUCUGCCAUAAAGCCUGAUAUUGUAAAGGAACUCCUGAUACGCCUUUCCUAUUAUAAUCGUACAGCUAUCCCAGUGCGUUACCCUCCUGAGGACCCAAGAGGUAGCCCAGAUUUAAAUGGAGGUGCCUGGGGCCCAUGGGCCAGUGAGGAAGAGGAGGAGGAAGAAGAAAAUUGGAUAGGGUUAGGUGGACAUCAUAAGAGUCCAAACAAAAAGAAGAAAUGCAAGAUCUGCAAACUUAGGUCCUUCUUCAGGAAACUGAACACUCGUUUAAUGUCAAAUCGUAUCUGACAGGGAGACUUAAGACUUUAACCAGAUGUUGCCAGGCACCACCCGAAUUUGUGGUAGCCACUGGGUUUUUUUAAAGGCUACACCUCAAAGAGCUGAACUUUAAUCAGAAAAAAACUUAUUUCUAUAUUUCUAAUUAGUAUGAACAGUUACAUUUGGUAUUAACAAGCACAGAAUUAUAUAUCAGACGAUUAGCAUCUUAAAAUUCUGUUAUUCCGCGAUAUUACAUAUUGAACAUGAACCAAAGAGACAUUUAACUUGAACCACUUGUAUUGGAUACUAGACACAUUCCACAUGUGGGACUAAAUGACCAAACAGCAUAUACAUUACAGGUUGUAGCACGAAUACUGUGACGCAGGAAUACCCCAAAGGCAUGUUUAUGAAAUCAGCACUCACAAUGUCAACAUUUUAUGACAUUUUAUUUUUAAAAAUUAAAAGUUUCUGUUACACUGUAAGAGCUUUCUUUUUAUGAA